AGUAAAAACAAAGCCCCGCAAAUACACUUGUGGCUUCGGGAGCGAAACGCCUUGCGAACAGGCCGCCGGCCCUUUCGGCCUGCAAUACUCAAGACUCCCAUGGGGUCUACACUGGCACUAUUGUCCGAAGAAGGAGGAGAGGAAGAAACUAUUAAAAAAUGCGAGGGCGGGCAGUCGCAGGACACGACAUGACCUCACCGACGAGAAAUCCACUGAAUAUGCGCGCCGCGGGCGCUGCUCCGGUGUGUGCAAAGCAUCACGUUUGCACACUCCCCACUCCAAGGCGAGACUCAAGCCAUAG